AUGGCAGCAGUGCAGGAACUUAUGUUAUUGUUGCAGCAGAUUAGACCGUGUGUUGACAGCUUAGAUAGGCGUAAAUGGAGCUCAGGCACAGCAGGUUUGUUCACAGUUAAAUCAGCGUAUAUUUGCCUGCAGAACAAGUACGGGAUGGCCGAAAUUGAAUUAGCAAAAGUGCAAGCACUGCAGCAACUGUGGCUGAACAAUGUACCGCCGAAGGUCAACAUAUUCGGAUGGAGGUUAUUGCUCGAAAAACUACCAACUCGGGAAGCUCUAUACCGUAAAGGAAUUAUUACUAGUAAUCAUGAAAGGUGUUGUGUGUUUUGUUUCAAGGAGAAAGAAGAUGUACAACAUGCUUUUUUUCAAUUGUAG